GUAAAUGAAUGGAUUAAACUCAAUAUUUAGAUUCUAAGUGUUCACCUAUUAGGAAACUUUAAAAGAAGAUAGAUGGAUGAGGAUGAUGGGUGGAAAUAGGCAGACAUGUACCACACAGGGAAUGCCACGUGUAGACCUAAGAGAUUCUUGCAGCUUUUUUUAUUUUCUUUCCUUAUUUACUAACCUAACCUAACCUAACCUAACCUAAUCUAACAACAAAUCUCUCCCGUGUCAGAUUUCCGUGUGUGCUGUCCUGGCCGCCUUGACCGGGGGCGCAACAGCUUUCCUUGCCUUCCCCGACACCCGCCAUCCCCCAGCACUCUACCAUGCUCCCCCAGCCCCCUACCACCCUCCCCCUGCGCCCUACCACCCUCCCCCUGCACCCUACCACCCCCCGGAGCCCCACUACCCUGAUGUGCCGCCGAAGUACGAGUACACCUAUGACGUGAACGACGACUACCGCAAGGUGAUGUUUGACAAGUCGGAGAGCCGCGAUGGGCACAAGACCGCCGGCUCCUACUCCGUGCGCCUCCCUGACGGCCGCAAGCAGAUCGUCACUUACAUAGACUCUGGCGACGGGCUGGAGGCUGAGGUCAAAUACGAGGGGGACAUCGUAGUGGACCCUUACCACCCCCCUCACCCCGCCCCCUCCUACCCUAAACAUCCCUACUUCCCCCCAGUGUAUCACCCACACCCCGUCCCCGCCGCUGUCCAGGCCGAUCCAGAGUCUGAGGCCCCUGUGGAGAUCGCCGCUGUUGAAGAGGAAGAUGUUGCCCCUGUGAAGAUAGAGGAAGCGCCUGAGGAGGAGGCCGAGGUGGAGGAGGCAGUGCAGGAGGAGCCAGUCGUGGAGGAGACUAGCGCGGUGGAGGAGGAGGAGCAGCCAGUGGUGGAGAUCGCUGAGGUCACCACUAUACCCUCUCAGGAAUAGAAUAUAAGGGCAAACUGCUGGUGUACUCGUCACUUACAAGUCACAAGUCAUUGCAAACUCCUCAGGUCAUUGAAAUAUUCUUGGUCCUUGGUCAAUUUUCUCUUCCUCUUCAAUUGAACCCCACAUGUCUAUCACACACUUUUCUCUCCUCCCUCGCGACGCCAUUGUGAUCGCAAUCAACCUUCUUCAGUAGCGGCAGUGACGUUCCUUCCACUCUGCCUUCCAGAGUCCAAUCAGUUACUCAGUCCACUCCACAAUUAUUGGCGACUCGUCUUUGUGUAACGCUUAAA